GUGUAGAGAUUGCCAAAUGGGCAUGUAAUAUCAAGCUCCCAGAAUGCCAUCAACCAAUAGGAAAAGAGAUAGAGAUAUCUAAAGAUAAGGACCCCUUUGAUAUCCAGAUCAUAUAAAUACAACACUUCCAACCGAUGAUACUCAAACCACUAACACCCAUCUCUAGCUCUUGAUUUCCUGGGCCUGCAGCCAGUUUUCUUUUCUCUAGUUCUAGUUCAUUUUCUCUGAAAAUGGCUGCUUCCACCAUGGCCCUCUCUUCACCAUUUGUGACUGGAAAGGCAGUGAAAGCUGCUUCCUCUGUUGCCAAAGGUGGCAGGGUCCUUAGGAUCACCAUGAGGAAGGCUGUUGCCAAGCCGUCCGGAAGCCCAUGGUACGGCCCGGACCGAGUCAAGUACUUGGGCCCAUUCUCCGGCGAGCCACCAUCCUACCUCACCGGGGAAUUCCCCGGUGACUAUGGCUGGGACACCGCUGGGCUCUCGGCCGACCCAGAGACCUUUGCCAAGAACCGUGAGCUCGAGGUGAUCCACAGCAGAUGGGCCAUGCUCGGAGCUCUUGGGUGUGUCUUUCCCGAACUCUUGGCCCGCAACGGUGUCAAGUUUGGCGAGGCCGUGUGGUUCAAGGCCGGAGCCCAAAUCUUCAGUGAGGGCGGACUUGACUACUUGGGCAACCCCAGCUUGAUUCAUGCUCAAAGCAUUCUGGCCAUCUGGGCCAGCCAAGUUAUCUUGAUGGGGGCUGUUGAGGGCUACCGUAUUGCCGGUGGGCCGCUCGGUGAGAUCACCGACCCUCUCUACCCCGGUGGAAGCUUCGAUCCAUUGGGCCUUGCUGAUGAUCCAGAGGCUUUUGCUGAGCUCAAGGUGAAGGAGCUCAAGAAUGGAAGACUUGCCAUGUUUUCCAUGUUUGGGUUCUUUGUUCAGGCUAUUGUGACUGGAAAGGGCCCAUUGGAGAACUUGGCUGACCAUCUUGCUGACCCAGUUAACAACAAUGCCUGGGCCUAUGCAACCAACUUUGUCCCCGGGAAGUGAAUGUGAAGGGCAUAGAGAGAUAUGUGUGAAACCUGAAUGGUUUUUCCUAUCCAUUUGAAUGUGAAUCUGAAUUUGUGAUGUGUAAAUUGCUUGCGAUUGUUGCUGAAAUGUGAAUAAUUUGAUCUGUAUGUCCCCAGAGUUUUGCUAUGUUGAAAUCUACGUCACGUUUUCGUUGUUUA